AUGAAUAUAUGCAAUAAGAAAGUUCUAUUAUUUGGAGAAGCUAGUGAAUUAGUUGGCUGCAAAGAAAUUACAAUACAAUUUCCUUUAUCGUGUACUAACAAAACACUGAAAGAUAUCAUUAUUGAACAAUUAGUCAAAUUGGAACCCCUCAAAGAUUCAUUAACAGUUGCAGUAGAUUGGAAAUAUACAGAUAUUAAUACAAGUUUAAAUCAAAUAUCCAUUGAAGAGAUUGAAGAACUUGCUAUUUUACCACCGAUUAGUGGAGGUUAG